CAUCAGUCACUUCUGAGGCUGACUACUGUUCUCUAGGAGGAACCGCAGAGAGCUGCAGGCUUCUUCUGGUUCCUGGGUGACAGGCUCAGCCCUCCUUUCUUCCAUCUUGCCAUGGCCAACGUCACACUGAAGCCGCUCUGUCCACUCUUGGAGGAGAUGGUCCAGCUUCCAAACCACAGCAACUCUAGCCUCCGCUAUAUCGACCACGUGUCGGUGCUGUUGCACGGGUUGGCCUCGCUGCUGGGCCUGGUGGAAAACGGACUCAUCCUGUUUGUGGUGGGCUGUCGCAUGCGCCAGACAGUGGUCACCACCUGGGUGCUGCACCUGGCGCUGUCCGACUUGUUAGCCGCCGCCUCCCUUCCUUUCUUCACCUACUUCCUGGCAGUGGGCCACUCGUGGGAGCUGGGCACUACCUUCUGCAAGCUACAUUCCUCGGUCUUCUUCCUCAACAUGUUUGCCAGCGGCUUCCUGCUCAGUGCCAUCAGCCUAGAUCGCUGCCUGCAGGUGGUGAGGCCAGUGUGGGCACAGAACCACCGCACGGUGGCGGUCGCGCACAGAGUCUGCCUGAUGCUCUGGGCUCUGGCGGUGCUCAACACAAUACCAUAUUUCGUGUUCAGAGACACCAUCCCGCGGAUUGAUGGCCGCAUCAUGUGCUAUUACAACAUGCUGCUCUGGAAUCCAGGGCCUGACCGCGACACCACGUGCGACUACCGCCAGAAGGCCCUGGCGGUCAGCAAGUUCCUGCUGGCCUUCGUGGUACCUCUGGCCAUCAUCGCUUCGAGCCACGUGGCUGUGAGCCUGCGACUGCACCACCGUGGUCGCCAGAGGACCAGCCGCUUUGUGCGCCUGGUGGCGGCCAUCGUGGUGGCCUUCGUGCUCUGCUGGGGGCCCUACCACAUCUUCAGUCUGCUGGAGGCGCGUGCCCAUUCUGUCACCACACUACGGCAGCUCGUGUCACGUGGGCUGCCCUUUGUCACCAGCCUGGCCUUCUUCAACAGCGUGGUCAACCCACUGCUCUACGUGUUCACAUGUCCCGACAUGUUAUACAAGCUGCGGCGCUCGCUACGCGCGGUGCUUGAAAGUGUGCUGGAGGACAGCGAUCCGAGUGGUGGGACCCGCAACCAUCGCCGCCGCGCCUCCUCCACCGCCACCCCAGCCUCUACCCUCCUGCUGGCUGACCGACUUCCCCAACUGCGUCCUGCGCGCUUGAUCCGCUGGAUGAGACGUGGCAGUGCAGAGGUCCCACAGAGGGUCUGAGAGCGGUCCCUGGAGAAGCGGGGCUCAUUGAGCUUUAUUUUGGAUUAAACCGGCACAGCCCAGAUGACAUGCUAAUACACCCGGGGUCUCUCUUGAUACCCAGUUUAAAAUGUACAUAGCCAAUGCCAGGCCCAAGUCAUAGCUUCUUGGGUAGGGUCCAGGCAAUCAGCUUAUGGAAUGCCCUGAGUGACUCAAUCUCCCGGAGCACAGUGAAUUGAAGCAGUCCUUUCUAAACACUUUAAUCUUGCAGUGUGGAGCUGGGAGAGCAGCAGGAUGCAAAAGUAGCCAUUAGAGGAGUUACAUGGUUCCUGACUGCUGGCCUCCAGGUUUCUACACAUUUAAGAGCAAAAGUGCUUAAUUGCCUAGGGAUCUUGCUAGUGUAACUGAUAAGGGUCGGGCAAAAUUUUGUACUUCUAAUACCUUCCUGGUAGCUGGCCCAAGGCACUUGGGAAUCACACAGGUUAAGCUCACAGCCUGCAUCUCAUAACUAACUCCCUGCUUCGUGAAUGGGACAAAGGGAGUCUGUCAAUCAGUAUGUAUGGGGGUCAGUGAGAGGAAAAGGGUUGAGAAACAUUUUCCAGCAAACUGUCUUCACUUUUAAUCCCCCAUUUGGCCUGAGACAGCUUUAACCACACCUUGCUAGUCAGCUUGUUAGCCAUAUUGAUGUGUCAACUCCCA